AAUUGUUCUAUCCAAACAAAACUCUACUAUAUAUGGGAGGUUCCAGAGAAGUCGAAAUCGCCGGAGAAAAGCUGGUGAUUUACGAACACGACGACGUCUGUGACUUGGCCACAGGGCGGGCACUCACCGGGUCCUGGGUUUGGGACUCGGCCUUCGUCCUGUCCCAGUGGACGGCCACCCAGGGCCGGCUCGAGUUCGACUUCGCCGGAAAGACCGUGCUCGAGCUCGGCGCCGGAACUGGGCUGCCUGGCUUAACUGCGGCUCUGCUCGGGGCGAGCCGAGUGGUUCUGACCGACGUGGAGGCGCUGCUUCCUGGGCUGACGAAGAACGUGGAAGCGAACGGGCUGGGAGACAGAAUCUGGGUGAGUCGACUCGUGUGGGGGUCGGACGAUUUGCCGGAGGAAGUCGGGGGAGUAGAGCUGGUGAUCAUGUCGGACGUGUUUUUCGACGCCACAGACGUGGCGGUGCUAGGGAGGACGCUGAAGAGGGUGUGCGGGGAGAAGACGAGGGUGUGGGCGGCGUGCGAGAUUCGGCCGUUGACCGGCGAGUGUCUGAACGAGUUGGUAAGUGUGGGGUUCGAAGUCGUCGAGUUGGCAAGUCAACUCGGCGUCAGCUCGGACGAGUUUGCGGUGUUUCACCUCGUUCCACCUACGCAAGACGGCGAGAGACAGUGACCGGUGCCGGCGGUGUGGUUAUGUAAAAUAUGUUGACUUCUAAUAGAAUAUAUAAUUGAAAAAUAAAGCAAGUAAUAUAAAUUUUAUUAUUAUUUAAUUAUUUGAAAAGAAUAAAACAUAGAUAAAUAAAAUACAAUUCUUACUUGGAAUAGAGAAUGAAAGAUAUAAAAUAUAAUAAAACUAAUCAAAUAUUUAUUAUAUUUUUUACCUUUUCGUCGAAUCUAGUCUAGAUUGUUCAUAUUCAAAAAUAAAUAUGAACAAUUUUGUUGAAGCUAGAAAUAUCUCAUUUAGUGAGAAUUAACUACAUUUCCACUUAAAAGUGUCUAAGUUUCUGAUGGCAUCCGAUUUACUCAGAGAUUGAACCAAGAGGAAGGUCGGUCACCUCCAGGACUAAGCAAGUGAAGCUCGGACACCUAAAUCAUCAAAAAAAUAAAUAAAUAAAAUUUGGAUUUAAGAAG